CUGGGCGCGGGAGCCGCGCGGGCCGGAGCGCAGCGCGCACGCCACCCGUCCCCGGCGCGCCUGCCCGCGCUCCGCCUCCGUCCUGGGCGCGGCGCGGGAGCCGGGGCGGGGGAGCGCAGGGGGCAGGGCCGCGGCGGCGAGGAGGGGGCGGGGAGGAGCGGGCCCGAUAAAAGGCUGCGGGGCGGCCCCACCCCGCGGCAGGCCGGCCGCAGGCUCCGCGCGUUCCUUCCGUCCGGCCCGCGCCGGCGGCGGGGAGACGGCGCGCGGCCCGCAGCCCGCCCAUGGAGGCUUUCCCCUGGGCGCCCCGCUCGCCCCGCCGCGCCCGCGCCCCCGCGCCCAUGGCGCUCGUCCCCAGUGCCCGCUACGUGAGCGCCCCGGGCCCGGCAAACCCGCAGCCCUUCAGCUCGUGGAACGACUACCUGGGGCUCGCCACCCUCAUCACCAAGGCGGUGGACGGCGAGCCGCGCUUCGGAUGCGCCCGCGGCGGAGACGGCGGUGGCGGCAACGACGGCUCUCCGCCUUCCUCCUCUCCGUCGUCCUGCUGCUCCCCGCACGCGGCCGCCGGGCCUGGCACGCUAGGGCCGGCCCUGGGGCUGCCCGACUACGACGAGGACGACGACGACGACGACGACAGCGACGAGCUGGGCUCCCGGGGCCGCUACCUGGGGGGCGCGCUGGAGCUGCGCGCGCUGGAGCUGUGCGCGGACCCCGCCGACGCCGGGCUGCUGGAGGAGCGCUUCGCCGACCUGAGCCCCUUCGCCAGCCGCGCGGCCGCCGUGCUGCUGGGCUGCACGUCCGCCGCCGAAGGGACGCCGCGCGAGGAGCGCGCCGCGGCGUGGGCGGCCGAGCCCCGGCUGCACGCGGCCUCCGGGGCCGCGGCCGCCCGACUGCUCAAGCCCGAGCUGCAGGUGUGCGUGUUCUGCCGGAACAACAAGGAGGCGGUGGCGCUCUACACCACGCACAUCCUGAAGGGCCCCGACGGGCGCGUGCUGUGCCCCGUGCUGCGCCGCUACACGUGCCCCCUGUGCGGCGCCAGCGGCGACAACGCGCACACCAUCAAGUACUGCCCGCUCUCCAAAGCGCCGCCUCGCAGCGCCCGGGACAGCCUGGCCGGCAAGAAGCUGCGCUGAGCGCCUGGCCGGCGCCGCCCUGGGCCCCACUCGGGACGUGGUCUUGGCGGCUUGGCAAGGCGGCCGGCCCCGCGGACGACUUUCCAGCCGAGCGGUGGGGCCCGGACGCUUGGGCGCUGGGUUCUCGUGAGCGCCACGUCCAGGACGGCGAGGGCCGGGUGUGUAUUCCUCUGGCUGAGCGCGGCACCCUCGCCGCGCUGUUUACCGUGUACUUGGACCCGUUUUAGAUGCGCCAUCAGUAUGGAAUCCCGCUCCCACCUUGGGGUGUUUCGUCCUAUGUCUUGGAGGCACUUUAUUAGCUCUAAAAUAUUUUUUAAUGGCCUCUGAACCGAGCUUAAAACUGGUGGUUUUAUGGAAUGUCGGCAAAAUGACUUAUUUUAUCGUUUUGAUGCAAUUGAGUUGUCCGUAAUCAGUUACCCUAAUUCCAGGUGGAGCAAAUGCCGGUUUAGUGAACUUCCCAGCAUUCGCUUGGGCGGGGCUCGCUUCCACCCAGGCGGGAGGUGUAAGACGCGCAUCUGUAGCAGAUUGAAUGCAGCUCAUCUUUUUCUGUGCCAGAUCUUUUAUUACUCAACUAGCAAAUGGCCUUUUUCACAUUUAAAACUUGUGCCAAGUCCUAAUCAUAUUGUGUGUACACUUGGAAAUGGUGCUGUUUUAAAAAACCUGGUGUAUUUAUAUGGUGAUAGUAUAUGAAUUUAUUAAUCUCACAACCUGUUCUACGGGGCACCUACCCCCACUUCAAAGCUAAAAUGUUUAAGACCAAGGGAGCAGUAUUAGCCUGAAUUGCUCGGGUUCAGCGCUGCAGCGGAGGAAAGCCCAUCCCAGCUGCUGCCUCCCUAAGGAGGGGUCCCUGGAGCUGAGAGGUUAAUGUCAUGACGUGUGCCACAAAGGGCUUCCCUCGGCUUACACCAGCAGGGCCACUCUUAUAAAGCACCUGCUGUUGGGGGCUGGCAGCAAAGAACAAAACCUCUCCUAUGUUCCUGUCGUCUGGCCACCCACACCUCACCUUCCACUCUUUUUAAAAAUCCGUUAGACACUACUGGCAUUAGCCAGCUCCCUAGUGUCAAGACAGGAGGUAAAAACAAGACUGACUAACUGGAAACGCACAGACAUAUUGCUAUCUGAAAAUAGCAGCCACAGAUUUACUCGGGGAGGAAGAUUUAGCUACGGUAUUAGGAGCUCAACUGCUGACAUGAAACAGCUAACUUCCUGCACGGCAAAUUGGCUUGAUCUGGGACACUGGUUUCUAAGUGUAAUCAAGGCUGGUUAAGCCCUUCUGGUCAGGCGCAUCAGAACCAAAGGCCUGGCGAACAGGCAGUUCCUUAGCGGGGGAAGUGGGGCCCCCCUGCCUCUGCCAGUCUGAACCCCAGAGAACUGCACUCUAGUUGGGCCCCAGCCUAAUAAAACCAUGUAAUUACUCAUUCUGUUCUCUUGCUAGGAAAUAUACUGGUUAAAAUUGGCUUGGCUUUUUGGGUAGCUUUUUUCAGGUCAAGUUACUCUCCCACUGUUCUUUUCAAAUGGUCCUGGUAAUGAGAUGGACAUGUUCUCCAUGCCAGAAGGCCCAGGCAGGCAGACGAAUGGAGCCACUUUGGACUUUGAACAGUCUCAGGCAUGUGGCAUUGGUAUAUCCUCAACACGUGAGUCCCUGUGAUGGGAUGUGCUUAACUCUAAUCAGCUAUUCUGUAACAGUUACUACCCAGGAUGCACUGCAAGUAGUCUCUGAAGGCCCUCCCUCCCACACUGCACAGCCAUGAUUUCAACCCAUUUAAAAAGCACCCCCACUCCUGCUACAUAUGCCUGUGUUUCAGCUAACUGUGUGUGACUGGGAGGUACUGCAUACACAGGGAAUGUCACUCUAAUUUUCUAUAGUUCUCUUAUGGAACGAGUAUACUUAGCCACAUUUUAAAAGCAUCCCUGAAAUUCAAUGUGAAAAUUGUAAACAGUUUACAAAGAUACCUUCUACUGGAGAACCCACUGCAGGUGGCUGGGAACAAAGCUGAAGUCCUCUAAAGACCACCACUCGCAGUGGGACUGGUGUCACCACUUCACCUGCUCCUUCCCAUUCACACACCACCAGUGGCAUUUUUUACUUUUUGGGUUAUUUUAAUUUUCCUAAAUUUUUUUAAGUUGCUCCAUUGUUAGCUUUGACUUAACAAAACUUUUAAAACUAUACCACAAAUACACACACACACACUUCCAGGGAAAGAGAAAGUGUGUUGGUCCUAAUAUUCUAGUUUUGUUUUUUGGUUUUUUUUUUUUUUUUUGACAGAGUGGACAGUGAGAGACAGAAAGGUCUUCCUUUUGCCGUUGGUUCACCCUCCAAUGGCCGCCGCAGCCAGUGCACCGCACUGAUCCAAAGCCAAGAGCCAGGUGCUUCUCCUGGUCUCUCAUGCGGGUGCAGGGCCCAAGCACUUGGGCCAUCCUCCACUGCACUUCCGGGCCACAGCAGAGAGAUGGCCUGGAAGAGGGGCAACCGGGACAGAAUCCGGCGCCCCAACCGGGACUAGAACGCGGUGUGCCGGCGCCGCAAGGUAGAGGAUUAGCCUAGUGAGCCGUGGCACUGACUCUGAGGAACAUUCCCUUCCUAAAGCCCAUGCCUUUCAAUUACUUAUUAAAAAUUCAAAGUCACCCAUCUGUAAUGACUGGUAGGGAUGGAUGUGUAGACCGGUGGUAAAAUAGCUCUGUCCCACAUCGUUGUGCCUGCAUUCAACAAAUGCAGACUGCAGGAACAGCAGUGACGGCUCGAGUGAUUAGGCUCCUGUCACCCAUGUGGACACCCAGACUCAGUCCCAACAGGGGCCACUGUGGGCACUUGGGAAAUGGGCCAGCAAAUUAAAAACCAGCUGUCUCAACAUUAAAGCAUCCUCCCACAAAUGGAUGCCAGCCUUCUGCUGUGGAUAACUAAUGGGAUGUCGUCUGUGGGUGGACAAUGAUGUUUCCACCCUCGGAUCCACCUAUAUUAACAGCAAUGUUCCUCAAACAUGCAGAGAAGCCCCUGAGACAGGCCACCUAGUGUAUCAGUGAGUAGGUGGGUGAUUUCGCUUUCCUUUUAGCAUGUACUACAAAGGAGCGAGAGGGUUUUAAGGCCUGGAGAGAGGAAAUCACAGGAUCACAACACUGCAACUCUGCUGGCUGCCCCCAGGACAAAGCCACUGGCGGGCCCGCGCGCCCGGGGAAACGGCCCGAGCAGAGAAGGUGGGUGGGCCUGCAGACCAGCCUCAGAACCCCCAUCACUCAUGCAGCGGUCAUCUCCGUGAGUGACUAAAUGGGGCCUUUCUGUGAUGUCACGUGACAGUUCUCUCUUGACCCCCGCUGGGGGUGCUAUCCUCAAGAAAAAUCGAUGUUCUUCAAGCCUUUCACUUGCUAUGAGAGGAAAGGUCCUUUCCCCCACAAGGCCUUUUAAGAGGUCCAGAUGCUUGCACCACUGCACAGGAAAGCGCUCUGAAAAAGCAGGUGCACACGGACGGCUGCGUCUGCCGCUUCAAGGAAAGAUGUGCCGCGACUCCCUCUUCUGGCCUGCGAGCUGCACCGGCGGCAGGGGAGGAAUCGCCACUGCCCAGCGGGAAACGGCUCAGCCACCAAAAAUUCACAACUGGUAUCUUCUGAAAGAAACUAGGAUUCCUCAAUUUGAGCUGAAAGCAUUAGUGCUCACACACACAACAUGCACGCACGCACGCUCAGGAGAGAGCGUCACGGGAGAACCCAGGGAGGGCACUUCAGGGGAGCACCUCGGCCAAGUGCAGACUUCCCAUGUGGUACUCGGGUGCAUUUCUGUUUCUGUGAAACACCACAAUGGCUCUCAAGUAGCAUAAAGCCAGCUGAAUACUCAUACUUACCAUCGUCAACAACACUAACUACGAAAUCAACACUAAAACAAAUUCUGUAAGUAUUUUAUUUAUCACUGAAGAAAAAACACAGCAGCAAGUUCUGUGUUGGCUUCAAUAAGACCAAAUAGUUAAAUCUUUAACAUAGCUAUUACACUCCAAAAUUGAAGUCAACACAGUCAUUACUACAAAUUACUUGUUGAAAGAAUCUAUCCUGAAGAGAAAAUUAGGAAAGAGAAUUUAAACAGUUCCUCCAAACCACACAUUUAUAAAUAUUGUCAUAUUUAAAAUGCUUGAAAGGCAUGAAUUCUCCAUUAAGGGAAAAGCAGUUUGCUAUUGGCAACAGAAAACUCAGCGACAGUUUACCAAAUGCUUUAAAAUUUAAAAGCUGUAUUGUUUGGGAUUCACACUGGAGCAUUAUUCUUAUUACAGUGACUGUAAAUUGCCUUAUACUCACCUUCUCUCAAGUAAAAGCUACAGGAAAUCCCACUGUAGCCAAUGUUUGUGAUGUUUACUGCACUAAAGUGAAUCUAAAAUCUUCCAAAUUCAGUUAGCAGUAAAUACCUCAAAAUAUCUAAAAGAGGUAUGUUCCAACCACUAAGUGAUGUGAAAAUUGUUUCAGAUCCAUUGCAUUAAAGGGUCUUCAAAUACAUUUUCUUUCACAGAACCUUAUUCCAAAUUCUCAUUCCAAAUUAAAAUAUUUCAAAAUCAAAAAAAAA